AGCGCAGACUUCCCUGACCGUCCUUUAACAACCUUGCCAAUUUCUGAUGCGCUUGGACCGGGAACGCGCGUUUGGUCUUUUUGUGUUCCAUUUCUGUUUUUGCUAUUUGUUCACUGGCAGGUACGCCAGUUUACUAACUCCAAGAAUCGUGGUUCAGGAACGAGAUUAACGAGGCAGACCGCCGUCUUCAAAAUGAAUUGGACGUUACGCCUGUGAAUACAACAGCAGAUUGGCAUGCUGCUGGCCAGAUUGUGCGUGCUGUUGCGCGCAGCUAGCUAGCAUACGCAUAUAAACCUAGCUAGUUUACUAUUGCUUUGGUUUCGCAUUCUCAAAAUGCACUAGUGUUAAAUUACAGUUGUGGAAACAAUGGAGAACUUACAAUCAAGCUAACUACCUGGUAGUGAUGGAGACUGUUGCGGUUACAAAAAAAUGUAAGGAUACGCGUGCAGGAUGUUGCGACUGGCCUGCUGCACCGCCCUUCUCUUCCUGUGUAGGCUGAUCUUAGGGCUGCCCUGGCUGCAGGUUGUCCCUAGUCUCCUCAUUUUCUACCUGGGGUCUGGUGGCUGGAAGUUUGCACAAAUCUUCAUGAAGACUGUGGGAAGAGAUCUGCAUGCGGCAGGUGUGCUGCUCAAGGUGAAGCUGAAUGUGAAGAAACACCUGCGUGAACGCAACACGAUCCCCAAGAUCUUCGCCAAGACAGUGCAGCGCUAUGGGGAGAAGACCGCCCUGAUCUUUGAGGGCACGGGCGAGUCCUGGACCUUCCAGCAGCUGGACACGUACUCGAAUCGUGUGGCUAACGUCCUGCUGCAGCAUGGCUUCCAGGAGGGCGAUGUGGUGGCCCUCUUCAUGGAGAACCGCUCCCAGUAUGUGGGGAUCUGGCUGGGCAUGGCCAAGAUCGGGGUGGAGGCUGCGCUCAUCAAUUUCAACCUGCGGCUGGAGGCCCUGGUGCACUGCGUUAAUAUUUCCGGUGCCAAGGCGGUGGUGUUUGGCAGCGAGCUAACUGAUGCCCUGCGUGAAGUACACAGCUCCAUGGGGAGGUCUGUGAAGCUCUUCUGUUCCGGGGACUGUGACCCCAAACGGGUCCCGGAGGGGACGGGGAGCCUGGACCUGCUGCUGGAGGCCGCACCCACACUCCAGCCCUCCCAGCCGCAGCGCUGCUUCACAGACAGGCUCUUUUACAUCUACACUUCGGGGACCACGGGCAUGCCCAAAGCUGCCAUUGUCGUGCACAGCAGGUACUACCGCAUGGCCGCCUUGGUGUACUACGGCUUCAGAAUGAGAUCCGACGACGUGCUGUACGACUGCCUGCCACUCUACCACUCUGCAGGUAACAUUGUGGGGGUGGGGCAGUGCCUCAUCCACGGCAUGACUGUUGUCAUAAAGAAGAAGUUCUCCGCCUCCCGUUUCUGGGAUGACUGUGUUAAGUACAACUGCACGAUCGUGCAGUACAUCGGGGAGAUCUGCCGGUACCUGCUGAACCAGCCGGUGCGGGACACGGAGCGGCAGCACCGGGUGCGAAUGGCGCUGGGGAACGGGCUGCGCCAGUCCAUCUGGGAGGAGUUCACCUCCCGCUUCCACGUGUCACAGAUCGCAGAGUUCUACGGGGCCACCGAGUGCAACUGCAGCUUGGGCAACUUCGACAACAAGAUGGGCGCUUGUGGCUUCAACAGCCAGAUCCUCCCCUUCAUUUACCCCAUCCGGCUGGUGCGGGUGGACGAGGAGACCAUGGAGCUGGUCCGGGAUGCUGAUGGGGUUUGCAUCCCCUGCAAGCCAGGUGAGCCGGGGCAAUUGGUGGGCCGAAUCAUCCAGAGCGACCCUCUGCGCCGGUUCGAUGGCUACGUCAACCAAUCAGCCACCAACAAGAAGGUCGCCUCCAGCGUCUUCAAGAAGGGCGACAGCGCCUACCUGUCAGGCGACGUGCUGAUCAUGGAUGAGUGCGGCUACAUGUACUUCAAGGACCGGACCGGCGACACUUUCCGCUGGAAGGGAGAGAACGUGUCCACCACGGAGGUGGAGGGCACGCUCAGCCGCAUCCUGGAAAUGAAGGACGUGGUGGUGUACGGAGUGGAGGUGCCAGGAGCUGAGGGGAAGGCGGGCAUGGCUGCCAUUGCUGACCCCGCUCAGGCAACGGACCUGGAGAAGUUCGGAAGGGACUUGGAGAAGGCGCUACCCCCCUACGCCCGGCCCGUCUUCCUUCGCUUCCUACCGGAGGUCAACAAGACUGGGACCUACAAGUUCCAGAAGACAGAGAUGCGGCGGGAGGGCUUCGACCCUCGCCUGGUGUCUGACAGACUUUACUUUCUGGACCCGAGCAGGGGGCAGUAUGUGAAGCUGGACCAGGAGCUGCACUCUAACAUCCUCUCUGGGAAGCAGAAACUGUGACCCCCGAGAGCGCCCCCCAACCCCGCCCUCCCCGCCCCGCCCCACCCCGCUCCUCUCCACCCCACCCAACCCAGGCCCCGCCCCUCGUUACCUCAGUGCCCACAGUGAGGAGCAGCAGGGUCGCCCGGGUAACCGUCAGAACUGAAACUCAUCCCAUUCUGCGCCCGGAGGGGCUCUGUGGGCCGAAGUCGGCCGUGACUGCAGGAGGGCAGGGUGUACAGAGACGGGCAGGGGCCAGGGGUGACAGGAACCCCCACAGCGCACUGAGACCCAUCCCGCCAAACCUGCAGAGCGUGCAGCCGGCAGCGGCUGAUGCCGCGUGAGCAGCGGCUGGUGCCCGCGUCCCUCAGGGCCCGGGCUGCCUCUGCCAGCGCUGCGGGCACAGCUCUGAUGUGUGAGCAGAGGGGUGACCGAGCCUGCGGAGGGGCUCAGUGCUCCCAGUGCAAUAAUCCAGCCAUCUCAGCCCUCUGAAUCAGUGCACAGCGUCUGGGUGGGUUGCUCUCAGACAGUGAAAUACAUGUCUGAUUUAGCCUAUUUUAGCUUGUAAAAUAUCAUGAGUGUGUAAAGACUCUGGAUACAGGAGUGAGGUGCACUCACAGCUGGGCUGUAGGCUAGGGGUGCGUCUUGACCCUGUGAGCGGCUGUAGCAGGACGAGGCUGGAGGAGGCAGCCCCUGACACGGGGCGGGGCGGGGCG